UACUUCGCUUUGACCAGCAAGGAUAUUUAGUGAGGAGAGCACGUGCGGUGUCCAGUGCGCGUGAACAGAUGAACUGUAUCCUCUCUGCUGUCUUCUUCAUCUCGAUCCCCUUCUCCUUCCUCCGCCAAAUCUCCCCAGAUACUCUGUAAACCUUGCUGAUCUGAGUAGAGCUGGUCGGGGAUCGUAACACAAAGUCGCGCCACGCUUCUCGAUCGCUUCCGUGGCCGGGUGUCGGAAGGAGAGCUGAGCUGGCGUUGCUGGUGCGGUCGUCAACGGGUGGGGGGCGCCGAGGCGGCUGCACCAGACGCAGCCGGUGGAGAACAUGGCGGAUUCCAUCUUCAACGCACAGGCAGUGCCCCCAUCGCUCGUCGACCUCCUGCCCAUCCUGCGUGUGGCCAAGGAGGUCGAGCCCGGCAACUUCCGCGUCGCCUACCUCUGUCGCUUGUACGUGUCCGAGUAUGCGCAUCGGCUGGACCCGACCUCCAGCGGCGCUGGAGUUCAUCAGUUCAAGACCUUGCUUCUGCAAACUCUAGAGAGGGAGAACAUGUUGACAUUGAAGUGGAGGAGGGAGCAUAGUGACGUCCGAGAGAUAGAGCAGUUUUACCUUUAUUACUAUGAAAAGUUCAUCAAGACGUUUCAGAAUGUAGACGCAGUUGACAAAGCUGACCGUUUGCUCAGUGAAGAGCUCGCUAAAUUGUAUCAGAUCGCGCAUGUCUUGUUUGACGCCUUGAGAUCCACCGCUUUGUCCGUACAUGCUGAACUUGAUGAGGCGACUUUAGAAACGUGCAUGAAAAUUGAGGAAAAGAAUGAACGGUAUGCUCUUGACAGUAUUCUGCGGCACGAUCCUGAAAGAACUGGUCUGCAACAUCCAGAGGUUUUGGAAAUGCACCACCUAAUUGAGGAGAACAGAGAAGUGUCUGCUCCUAACAAUAUGCAGCUGGUUGAUCCUAAAAAUAAUGGUGUGCAACAUCCGGAGGCUAGUUGGACCUAUUUUUUUGAUACGAAGACUCGAGAGAUAUCUGAGGGUGAAGGGUCAAAUGAUUCUUCAACAUCAGACUGUAUAGUGUCAAAUGAUGUUUUCAGAGCCAGGACGGAUAUAAAAUGUGGGAUACCUAAUGUACUGGAUCCAAUAAUACAUGACGGAAGUGCGGAGCCAAUAAGUAUACCACUAUCACUGUUACAGGACAUUACCAAAAUUUUUGCUGAUGAGCGAAAAAUUGGUCAAGGUGGAUUUGGAGUCGUUUAUAAGGGAGUUCUUCAAAACGGGUAUGUUGCUGUGAAGAAACUCUUGAACAGCCAGACAAUCGAUGAUGAGCUGUUUUAUCGUGAGACUAAUUUUCUAAUGAGUGUCAAGCACAAAAAUAUAAUACGGUUUCUAGGUUACUGUGCUAAUACAGAGAAUAUUGCCAUUAAAGUGGACGGUUCAGGAAAAUGUGGGAAGUAUUUGUAUCCGGAGAUUAGAGAAAGAUUGCUCUGUUUUGAGUAUAUCAGUAAAGGAAGCCUUAGCAAUCAUCUUACUGAUGAAUUAAGUGGACUUGAAUGGCAUAUACGUUAUCAAACUAUAAAGGGAAUUUGUGAUGGUCUACAAUAUCUUCACAAGGAAAAGGAUAUUGUUCACAUGGAUCUUAAACCUGACAAUAUACUGAUGGAUGAUCUCAUGGUACCAAAAAUUACAGACUUUGGUAUAUCAAAACAUCUUGAUGGAAUAUCACAAGCUGUUACUAGACGAUGUCAUAUGUCACUAGGAUAUUGUGCUCCGGAAUACUUGCACCGCGGCCAGUUGUCUUUCAAGUCAGACAUAUUUAGUCUGGGUGUUAUAAUUAUAGAUCUUGUAACUGGACGUAAGGAAGAUCCUGACAUUGAAAAUGUACUAAGAAGAUGGAGGCAUAGGUGGAAUAGAUCAGCCAAGUAUCCACCAUUGGGAUACCAACAAGUUACUGGAUGCAUAGAAAUUGCAGCACGCUGCGUGUCACAUGACCCCAAAGAACGACCUUAUAUAUUGGAUAUAAUCCGCCAGCUCGAUGAAUUGGACUGUACAAGUGGGCACGACGAUGAUGCUAAUGAAUCUACAUUUAGCAUGAUAAGCCCUUACCCUUGGGAGCUGCUUGACAUAGAUCCGCUGGAGCUGCAUUUCCCUUUCGAGGCAGGCAAGCAGAUACUAUGCUUACUUCAACUAAGUAACCCGAGGGAUGAUUACAUUGCCUUCUACGUCCAAACGUCAAGUGUACAGUACCUCAUAGAGCCGAGCAAAGGAAUUGUACCACCCCAGUCCAAGAUCAAUGUCACCAUAACAUUUCAAGCACAGAAGAUGGCACCGCAUCGUAUGAUGUAUAAGGACGAGUUCGUCGUGCGGUGCACACUGGUGAAUCAGGAUCUCACGACUGAGAACGUCACCGAAGAUAUGUUCGAUGAAGAGUCAAAAGUGGUCGAUAAUCAAUAUAUGGAAGAGAAGAAAGCCCUGAGGCAGGGGCUGAUAAGCAAAAAAUACAAAAGGAGCAAAAAAAAGCCGCAGCUGUACAAGCCUUAGCAGAGUUGCUAGAUGGGAAAAGCUCCAGCCUCAAAGAAGAGAUUGCUGAACCGCAUUGGAACACCGGUUUUGACCAAAGAACCAAGUGAUGAGCACAUCUGAGGAAGACCGAACAGAUAACUACUAGGUUUGACCAAAGAACCAAGUGAUGAGCACAUCUUGAGCAACAUUUGUUUGUGAAGAGGGGCGGCAUGCCAGAACUGUUGGACAGAGGGGCAGUGAAGAAUGACAUGCUGAGUUGUCUCGGAGAAAGCGCAGAAUGGGCAAGCAUCCGAGAAGGCCAGCCCGUGCCUGGUGGAUCAUGUACAAACUCCCGCGGUCUGGCAACUGAAGGAACAUGCGUCAGCGAUUUGUCGGGUACUUUCUCGGAGUUGACGUCGCGAAAGGAACGUCCUGCAUAAUUUGCAGGCUAUCUGGAGGCAAAUCAUCAGCUUUGCCUUUUUUUUUUUGCUGUGAGCAUAGAAACUUAUGACGAAGACAGAGCACAGACCUUGUGUGCCUUUUGAAAUUUGAACCAUCAGUUAGCUCGGCUAGUGUUUCUUUGUUGCUGAGAUUAACCCCUAAAUCAUCGUUGGUCAGGGCAUUAAAUAAAAUUGUUUUGCAAGACAAA